AGCGGCGAGUAAGAUGGAAGAUGAGGAGGUCGCUGAGAGCUGGGAGGAGGCGGCAGACAGCGGGGAAAUAGACAGACGGUUGGAAAAAAAACUGAAGAUCACACAAAAGGAGAGCAGGAAAUCCAAAUCUCCUCCCAAAGUGCCCAUUGUGAUUCAGGACGAUAGCCUUCCCACGGGGCCCCCUCCACAGAUUCGCAUCCUCAAGAGGCCCACCAGCAACGGUGUGGUCAGCAGCCCCAACUCCACCAGCAGGCCAGCCCUUCCCGUCAAGUCCCUAGCACAGCGGGAGGCAGAGUACGCGGAGGCCCGGAAGCGGAUACUGGGCAGUGCCAGCCCCGAGGAGGAGCAAGAGAAACCCAUCCUCGACCGGCCAACCAGGAUCUCCCAACCUGAAGACAGCAGGCAGCCUAACAAUGUGAUCAGACAGCCUUUGGGUCCUGAUGGAUCACAAGGCUUCAAACAGCGCAGAUAAACGCGGGCAGGGAAGGAUGCCGCCGCCACCGCCGUCACCACCUCCUGGGUCGUCCGCUGCGGGUCGCAUUGCCGUGGCAGACAGCUGGACUUGAGCAGAGGGAACGACCUGACUUACUUGCACUGUGAUCCCCUUUGCUCCGCCCACUGUGACCUUGAACCCCAUGCACUGUGACCUCCCUUUCCCCCCCUUCCCACUGUGAUUGGCACUUCUACAAGGGCUGUCCCAAGUCCAUGGAAAGGGAAAGGGUGGGGGUUAGAGGAGGGUUGGGGGGACCCACCAAGGACUCAGAGUAGAGUCAGACAGUGCCACUUGGCCGCUUGGGGUGAAGCCAGUGCCAGCAAUAACAGUUUAUCAUGCUCAUUAAUUUGGGAUUUCAAAACACAAAUGAGAACUCCCGUCCACCCACCCUCAAGUGCAUGUCUUCAUCACUUAAAAGCAAGUUCCAUUUGAAGAUAUCCUUUCUUUUUUUUUUUCUUUCCUUCCUAUUUUUGUUUGUUUAUACAAAUAUUUGAUUUGCAAAAAAAAGUACAUGGGAGGGGUUUUAGCAGUUUAAUGAAUUUUUAAUUGAGAAAGGGUAGUUUGGUAGUCUACUUAAAAAUGUUUCUGGUCAAUCCACUAGAAACAUUAACCAAUAGGAUUUUGGUGAGCUUAGCUUCUGUAUUCCUACUGCCGCCGAGAAAAGGGGCAGGGCUCUGCAGCCCAGGACAGAUGAGCACCCCAUGCCUAUACCUCCCUCCCCCCAACUAAGUACCAGAGCAUCUGGGCCCUACCUGGAGACUGGGCCAGCUCUGUAGGCUCAGAGAGCCUGGGGAGGGUGCCAACCCCUCACCUUUAGUAUUUUGGGAGAUAGGGAAAGUGAACAGACUUUCCCUUCCAAAACCCCUCAGGGUGGUUCCCUACCAGCUGGGCUUACUACUUCUAGAAGAGGGCAGGGAGUGAGGCUGCACUUCCGGGCUUUAGGAGUGAGGCUGCAAGCCUUGCUCAGUAUUUUGCUGUCAGCACAAGGAAAGCCAGGAGAGAGUCUGACUCCAGGACUCUGAGCCUCCUGCCUAGUGUGGUCAGAAGGUAGGUGGGUCUUCCCACUCCAGCAAGGCUUAGAACUCUCAGGGGUCUGUGGAGCACCAUCUCUGUUGAUGGCAUCAGCUCGGUAACUCUACCCGGUACAUUUCCCUUGUGAAAUCACUACCUUGGGAGCAGACCAUUCUGAAUAACAUUUGGGGAAAGACAAGCUGUACAUUGCAAAGAUUGGUAAUGACAGACGGGUUCCCCAUAGGCCUAGGUUACCCUCGACCCCUUUUUCCAGAGCAAGGGCCUGGAAUGAAGGCAGUUUCCCCUCGGUCUUUGGAGCCUGGAGAUUUGCUUUGGCUCUUUGAGGUGGAAGAGGCUUAGGGGGCCCAGCCCAGAGCAGCUGUGUGUGUACAAUCUGGUCCCUCUCAGGCUGUCCGAUCUCUUCCGUUGCACUUCGCCUUAUAUCCCUCAGCCAGCCAGACGGCCUCCUUGCUCAGCAGAUGAGUUUUGGAGUGGUUGGUGUGACAUUUGUGAUUAGGGCAGCUCGCGGUGGCCAAGGUGGCAAGCUAGGUCUUGCAGGCUCGCUCCACCUUUGGUUUGCUGGCUCUCAGCCUUGCCCUGUGGGGAUGUCAGCCGGGCCCAGCAAGCCUUGGCCCACUACAUCUUCCCAUUAGGAGGAAAGGUCAGCUGUCGGUUAAGUCAGUAACUAGUCCAUAGCACAGGCUUAUAACUGCGUGAAGCCAGGAUAUUGUCCGUGAGCAGAGCUGGAACAAAGCUUCAGUCAGUAAGAACCCACAGAACAUUGAAUGGUGCCCACAUUGCUGUUCUGAGGGGAAGUGACCUCCAGGAGUGGGCAAGGGAGAAGGUUGCUGCUGUCUUUACAGUUCCACUGCCCUGACCAAGUUUCCGCAUUCUAAACGGAUAGUGUCCAUCUCUCAUGUAAUAGUGGUUUCUGGCCCAAGAUGAGACUGUCCUUUUCAGUUGGAGAAGGUACAGAGGUAGGCCAGGUGGGAAGGCCAGAAGUGCUGAUUGCUCAGCUGUCGGGACCACCUGUCCUUGCUGCCCUCCUGUAGUGGGAGCCAAGGGGAGGCUGGCUGAUGGGUGUCUGUGGAUCAAGGAUGUAGUAGGGACUGAUGCUCCCACCUCCCUGUGGCCAAAGAUGGGGCUCUGCCCGCUGUGUGCCUAUCACCACCCACCAGCGGUCAUGUCCUGGCUUCCCAGAUGGAGAGGUGACAGGCAACAUUUUAAAGAGAAAGAAAUGAAAACAGGAAACUAUUGUGUUGGGGGGAGGUGGGAGGGGAGAUGAGAGAACGGUUUGGAUUUUGUGUGUGUGUUUGUGGUUGUUUUGGGGUUUUUUUUGGGGGGGUAGUUGUCUGUAACUUUCCUUAAGUGCUUUUUUUUUUUUUUUUUUUAAUUUUUUAAAAGUAAGCUGCAGGCUUUGGCUUGGAAAACCCCAGGGGAGUUGGGGGCAGAAACCUGAGGCUGCUGCCCCUUUAUCUGCCUUCAUGGUACUGUCCCCUUCCCCCAGCUCCUCCCUGACUCCGUGAGCCAGGCCUCAGACCUUCCAGCUAACUGCUUCCCAUGAGCCACUACUCUGAUGUCAGCCUAUAACCAAAGGAGCUGGGGGUCUGGGCCUGGUGACCAACCCUUCUCCGCCCACUCAGUCAGGGUGCUCCCCACCUGCAGGCAGGAGGCAACACCCUAUCUGCUACCAUCAGCCCCUUCCAGAGCCCACUGCCUCACCCCACCCUGUCUAGCCCAGCCGUACCCUGCUCUGCCCCAUCUGGGGAUGCUCUGCUCAGGGAUGGGCCGGCAGGGCUGCCCCAGCCUCCCUGGUAGGCAGAGACUCUGGAAACCUCUGGGGUCCUGUUUUCGGCCAUGUGAUCCCAGGGGUGCAUAUGGGCCCCUUGGGUAUCUGAACAGAAGGGCAUGGGAGGGAGGGCCGCACCCCUGCAGUCCUGCUCUGCUGGUCUAGCGGGUAGCUGCCCACCCUACCCCACCCCGCACCGCGGGCUCCUGAGUUGGCAGAUUAAGCAUUUUAUAAAUUGUAUUUUAAAUACAUGUUUUAAACUUGUCAGAACCUUGUCCUCAUUUCAGUUUCUGGCCUCCUAACCUCUUGCUGUGGCUGCUUCUUUAACCACUGGGAAGCUAUCUCUGCUCAGUCCUAGGGAGGGGCUCUCGCUUUGAGUAAUAGGCCUGGGGUGGUGUAUGGAUUGGGGCCACGGACCCACAUGCUUAGGCUCCAAGGGAAGGGCACCCCUGGGUCCUGGCCCUCUGUUGGUGAGAGCAUGGCUGAGGCCCCUCCUGCCCUUCCACAGGGUCUGUCCGUUUUAGGGGCCAGUGUCUUUCCCAGGUACUUCCAUUAUGUUCACCAUUCCCUUCAAGCAAGUGGGAAAGAGAAUUCCUGCCCUUAUGGGACUCCUAGUCCAAGGCGUGGAGGCACCCAUCUGAGAAUAGUCCCAGCUCUGUGCUUUGAGAGUGCACAGGAGGUCAAGACUUUGAACCCAGGGCCACCUCUAGCAGGACUCCUGACCCUCGGCGGUGUUUUGAGGCGAGUCUUGCUUCAGGGGCUCCGAAGCCUGAGGGAGGCUGAGGCCCUCCGCUCUGAGAGCCGAGUGGAAGGGUGAAAACCUGGGGCCUUCCCUGGCACCAGGCACAGAGGCUGAGGUUCUUGUUGUUUAUUGGCUUACCAGGCCACAAAAGCAAAAUCCAGCAGCAGUCCCUGCCUGAUGACCCCUCCGUCUGCAGGCCCUGAUUGCUAAGCUGCCCAGAGUCAGGACUCCGCGGGGUCAGUGGGUUCGAGCCGGCACAGAACUGAGCCACUUUCGGCUGUCAGAGCUGAGUUCCCUAGGGAGAGAGGUGGAAGAGAAGGGUGGGAGGAAGUGAACCACCCCAUGUGCCCAAGGGGAGAGGAGUCCUUCCCAGGGAGGUGAUGGGGCCAGCAGUCGGGCUCAGAGGCCUGAUUCCAAGUCCAGUGUUCUUUUAUCCCAGGAUGCCUGGAAGAGGACUGCUGCAGGGGAAGCUUCCCUCCACCCAGCUGCUAAGCCUGUUUCCUACUACUCCUAACAUGGAAUCAGACUCAGGCAAAGGACUUAAACCCCCUGCAUGAGAAAGGCAGGUAGUGCUACCGAGUCCCGGGCACAGAAAGGCGUAAGUACCAUGACUUAGGAACAAUCUACCUGGGACACAGACUCUCAAAGGUUAGUUUCUUCCCCCUUCCAUCCUUUCCCCUUUUUCCUCCCUGGAACAACAGUCUCUGAGGCAUCUCUUGGAAGGAUGGAUUUCCCUUGGGUUAGGCCAGGGACUUCAUAAGGAAGGAGGUGGAUGGGCCUGGGCUGCAGUCCCUGCCCUCUGGGUACCCACCUGCUUCCUUGAGAUCUAGUCUGGAAGAAGAGGCUAUGGGUGUCAGGGCCCAGGCUUGUGGGGGUACACAGCUCCAGCAUGUAGUGGCUGCCCUGCUUCCGGCGGACUGUAUUGUCCAGCCUCGGGCAGAGCAGGAUGCAAGGCACCUGGGCAUAGGGGCUUUGCAGGUUGGCAGCUGGCAAAGGUGGAAGAGGCAGGAGAGGGGAAUGUUUCAGAGCACGUCCAGUGCUGGGAGGCAGGCAGACCCAUGUGAAAUCCCAGCUUUGCCACAUAACGACCUGGGUGGGUUUGGGCAAGUAACUUAACCUCUCUGAGCUUCUGCAUAAGCUGGAGCUGAUGGUGGUAUCCGCCUCAGAGUUGAUGAUGAGGAUUAAAGGGAUAAUAUAUGCAAAGCACUCAGCUAAAUGCUGGGAACAGUGUAAGGGCUAAUAUGUGCUUAAAAAGGAGCACAUGUCUUUGGGAUGAGUCCUGGCAGAGUCUGAUAGGCACACUCUAAAGACUCUAGAAAGCUUCUAGCCCAUCACUUGGCACACAGUAGAAGUCUACUAUUAUGGGAAGGUAACCUUGCCCAGAGGAAAGAGCACAGGUUUUAGAGUCAGACCUGGGUAUAAUCUCCCCUUUCUGACACAUGCUAGCUGUGGGACCUUGGGCAAGUUGCUUAAACUUCAGUUUUUUCAUCGUGAAUACGUGGGGUAAGUAUGUGAUUAUGAGGAUUAAAUUCUAGCAUGUCUGCAAAGGGCUUAGCAUAGUGAGUGACCCCAGAGGGUGCUCAAUAAAUGAUGAGGUGGGAUUGCUAAGCACUCUUCCUUCGCAGUCCAGGCUCUUGGGACCAACCUGUGCUCAGGGCUAAGGCUCAGGGGAAAGGGUGUGCGGAAGGCUGGAGAUGGGUGGUGAUUAUCAGCCAGCUGGCUGAUGGCACACAGUUAAGCCCGAAGUGGGAAACCAUGUCUCAGCUCCUGGGCCUGGCUGUGUGGCACCCAGGGCCCUCACCAUAGUUCUGCUGCUUCAGCUGGCUCAGGAUCCUGAGGGCUCUUCGUUCUGGGACUUCCAAGGUGUCUGCCUGCUGCGGGUUGUAGGGAAGCUGCUUCUGGGACUGCAGCCGGCCAAUGGCCGGUUCCAUCUCUCGGGCCUUACAGGUGCCUUCCUUCAGCUUCUUCUGGUAAUAGCUGGGGAGGCAGUGCCACCCAGCCUUGCCCGGCCGUGUUUAAUUCACUCUCCUCCUCCCUCACUCUUUCUGAGCCCCUGUUCUGUCUGGCCAGCUCAGGAGCAGGGCCACAAGAGAUCUGGGUUUUAGUCCUGGCUCAACCAUUAACUUCCUGUAACUGUGGGCGAGUCACUGCUCUGCUCUGGGUCUCGGUCACCCCUAUAAAGUGGGGGGAAAUGGUUAUCUCUGCCAGUCAUUGGAAGUCACUUGACUUCUCUAAGCAGAUCAGUCAGCGUUUUUUACAGGGUUAAAAACAAAGAUUAAAUAACAAGACCCAUUAAGCAUUCAGCAAAUUGACUCAAGGAAAGAGCUUGGUAAAUGUUGCCCAUGAUUUCUAUCACUGGUAUUUUUACUUAGAUGUGCAAGUGCUUUGUAAGCCAGCUGUGCAGUUAACUCCUCCUCAUCUUCCAGAUCGCAGUUUAAAGGCCAUCUCUUCCAGAAAGUCCUCUCUCCUCCAAUAGACGGGUUAGGCUCCCACUAUAGGCCCCCUGACAACUUGUACUUAACCCUAUCACAGCCCACUUAAUACUCUUAACUCAUCACUACUUGCCUUUUCCCCACUAGACUGCAGCACCAUUCAUUCAUUCAUUCAAAUAUUUAUUGAGUGUUUACUGUAUGCUGGCCACUCACCUAAAUGCUUGGGAAAGAGCAGUGCAGGAGAUAUUCAUAUAAGGUCCUUGUGUCAUCUCUCAGCCCCACCUCUUAGUCCAGCCACUGUCACGGCAACCACUUCUACGUGGGCCUCAAGCAGCUCUGCACAGGGACAACCUGGCCCAGUCUCACCUCAGAUCUUACCUCUUGCUGCUUGCUCCAGAGCCUCUCUGACACAUAUGCGCCCCAGAAGUGCAGGGGGGUUAAACAUCUGUGUGGGGCACCCUUGACAAAGGAACCAGCAGCUGAGGUAUACAGGCUCCUGUCUCUUCCCCUGAUGGUUCUGAGCCACCAUUCAUAGUCUCCUCAGAAGAUCCUGGGGAUGGCUGACUCAGUAGCACAUCAUUGUAUUGGCUUGUCCUCCUCCUGUGUUCAUGUCCCUUCCCUCACUUCUGCUCCCUGGUGUCACUUUUUAAAUCAACUACCUAGGCACAUAUCUAGUGGGAGAGUCGGACCAUGAAGAAGUAAAUAAAUUAUGGUACCAUGUGGGGAGUGAUGGGUGUUCUGAGAGAAAGUAAAAGCUGAGUAGGAGGUAGUGAUGAGCUAUUUUGUCCAUAGGAGUCAGUGAAAGUCUCGAGGUGGUGGCAUUUGAGCAAAAUGAGGGGAGGAAGCAAGCUAAGUGGAUAUCGGGAAGAAGCCUCUUUCAGGCAGAGGGAAUGGCUUGUGAAAAGGCCAGGAGGUGUGAAAGAGCUUGGUGAGCUCUAAGAACAGAGAGGUGCUAGAGCUUGUGUGUGAGGGAGAAGGGGGUAGAAAUGGGCAGCAGGAUGGGAGGGCCAGACUACCUGAGACUUUGUAGGCAGUGAUGAAGGCUAGGCAUGCUACUCAGAGUGUUAGGAAGCCCUUAGGGCUUGAGCAGGUGGUUCUGCUAGGACCUCUGCCUAUCCCUGAAGCCUGGAAUUUUGGGUUUUAAUGAGCUUCACACAGAGAAAAUAGAAAAUGAAUACCAGAGCCCUCAAAUGGAGAUUGGAUCUAGACCCCUGUGUAAAAUUAGAACCUGAAAAGACAGCAUCCUGAGUAAAAAGAUGGACUAGGAAAUAACUUCACCCCACAGGGGCCAACAGGACAUGAGCAGAGUGUGUGCAACUUUCUCAGUCGCAAUUUUAAAGGAAAUUGCUUGCUCUCUACUUCCUCUCCUUCCCCUUCUUACGGGCUUGAAUUUAGAUGUGUUGCUGGUAAAUUGGCUUAGGAUUGACCUAGGGAAUGGUGGAAGAAUAAGUGGGAAAGAAACGGGGUGCUUGAGCAACCUUGCCUUCCUGCCUGCUUCCUCCAAGCCAUCAAUAUGAGAGAAAUAAACUAUAUUGUUUGAACUGUA